CCCGGCCCCCAGCCGGGGGCAGGCGGCGCCCCGGAGCCCCCCGCGGCCCCUUCCCUUCCUUUCCCCUUCCCUUCCCUUUCCCCGCCCCUCGCCGCGGGUCCCCUCGUCGGCGGGCGCGAUGCGGCGGCGGCCGCUGCUGGCGCUGGGCCUGGCCCUGUGGGCGCUGGGCGCGGCGCACGGCCAGCACCGCGCCGACUACGACCGGGAGGCGCUGCUCGGCGGGCAGGAGGAGGCGGAGGAGUACGCGCGGCUCAGCCCGGAAGAGCAGCAGCGGCGGCUGCGGGCCAUCGUCAGGAGGAUCGAUGCGGACGGCGACGGGCUGCUCAGCAAGGAUGAGCUGAGCUCCUGGAUACAACAGUCCUUUAAACAUUAUGUUACACAAGAAGCUAAGCAACACUUCCACGACUAUGACAAAGAUGGUGAUGGAUUAGUGUCUUGGAAAGAGUACAAUUUACAAAUGUAUGAUCGUGUCAUUGAUUUUGAUGAGAACACUGUCCUGGAGGAUCAAGAAGAAGAAUCAUUUCGACAGCUUCAUUUAAAGGAGAAAAAGCGUUUUGAAAAAGCUAACAGGGAUGAUGUUCCUGAUCUAAAUGUGGAUGAAUUCAUUGCUUUUGAACAUCCUGAAGAAGUGGAGUAUAUGACGGACUUUGUCAUUCAGGAAGCUUUAGAAGAGCAUGAUAAAGACGGUGAUGGAUUUGUUAACCUGGAAGAAUUCCUUGGUGAUUACAGAAGAGACCCAACUGCAAGGGAAGAUCCAGAAUGGAUACUUGUUGAGAAGGAUCGAUUUGUGAAUGACUAUGACAAGGAUAACGAUGGGAAACUCAGCCCUCAAGAGCUGUUGUCUUGGAUAGUACCUAAUAAUCAGGGUAUUGCACAAGAGGAGGCUCUUCACCUUAUUGAAGAAAUGGAUUUGAAUGAUGAUAAAAAGCUUUCUGAAGCAGAAAUUCUUAAGAACCAGGAUUUGUUUCUUAACAGUGAAGCAACGGAUUAUGGCAGGCAGCUUCAUGAUGAACGUUUCUACCACGAAGAACUUUAGAUUAUUUAUUUUGUAAUCUGUUUUUCUUCCCUUUCUUUCAUUUGGAGCUUUUGUUAAAUGCACCCACUUUUCAGCUAUGUUGCAAAUUUUAUGCUGUAAUUACAAUAGACUAAUGUUUGUGUAAAUACUUUGCAUUCAAAAUUAAAUUGCCGUCCUGCAGACUUCCUUGGGCCUCUUCUAGCCUGCAAAAUUAAUCUUAAAUACUUACUUCCAAAAUUAUAUAGCAAUGGGAAAGAAAUUACUUAAGGUAUUGUACUGUAUUGUGAAGAGUUGUGUGACUGUACUUCAAUUAAAUGGAGAAUUUAAAUGAUUCUCUGAAAGAAUUCAAACCAGAAAAUGAGACUGCUAUAUUUUCUACUCAGUUUAAUUAGAGAGGAGAGUAGGGGAAGAUAGGGGAAGAUGUUUAGAAUCAGCAUUAACUGUGUUUUAUUUAAUACAUUUGGAGAAACACUUAGCUUAAUGCCUCAAUUGUUUAAGAGGUUUCUACUUAAUUUUAAAUGGUUUCUAUGUGUUUUACUGUAUUAUAAUAAAAACCUACUAUUUUUACAUCUACAGAAAACAAUUGUUUUUAUGUACAAUUCUACAGCAUUGGCAAUACAAUGGUAUUGUACAUUGUCAAGACCCUCCUCAUUUGUUGGAUUAAAACUUAAAAUAUUG